GAUGUCACAGCUGGAAUGCGGGGGGCCGCUUGUGGCUGCAGAGCCCCGCCGGGGGACCGCCCCCUAUAUUUCUGCCUGUCGGUAUGGGCAAGCCCUGGUCCUAGGUCGGGUACCACCUGACCCAGGUGACAGACCGGAAGUGCUCCGAAAUCAAGUGGAGCUGAUUGCAGACCCUGAGACCCGGACAGUGGCAGUGAAACAGCUGGGCAUUAACACAUACAACUGUUGGGAUCCAGGAGUUGAAGCCAGGAUUGUCAGCUUCUCUAUGCUUGGGGGACACACUGUUCUAGUCAAUGGCCUACACCCCCUAACACUGCAUUGGGAAGAAGUUAGACAUCGGGAUCCAGCAGAUACUCCACGGGCACUUCCCCUGUGGAUUCAGUGGACCCGGAGGGAUGCUGAGCCUCAGAAAAGAGGGUGCGGAAUCAUCCCCUGGCUGGGAGAGCUUAAAGAAGUUACUGGUGUUCACAGCAUCUGGGGUAAAGCCCCGGAGCAAGGUGGCUGCCUUUGACCUAGAUGGGACUCUCAUCACCACCCGCUCUGGGAAGGUCUUCCCCACUAGCCCUAGUGACUGGAGGAUUCUGUAUCCGGAGAUUCCAAAGAAGCUCCAGGAGCUGGAUACUGAGGGUUACAAGCUGGUAAUCUUCACCAACCAAAUGGGCAUUGGGCGAGGGAAGCUGCCAGCAGAGGUGUUCAAGGCCAAGGUGGAGGCUGUAUUGGAGAAGCUGGGGGUCCCAUUUCAGGUGCUGGUGGCAACACAUGCAGGGCUAAACCGAAAGCCAGUGAGUGGCAUGUGGGACCAUCUGCAGGAGCAGGCCAACGAGGGCAUGCCCAUUUCCAUCAGUGACAGCAUCUUCGUGGGAGAUGCAGCAGGGCGCCCGGCCAACUGGGCCCCAGGGAGAAAGAAGAAAGACUUCUCUUGCGCAGACCGCCUGUUCGCCCUCAACAUCGGCCUGCGCUUUGCCACUCCAGAAGAGUUCUUCCUUAAGUGGCCAGCAGCUGGAUUUGAGCUUCCAGCUUUCGACCCGAGGACAGUCUCCAGCACUGGGCCCCUCUACAUCCCAGAGUCCAGCUUCCUCCUCAGCCCCAACCCAGAGGUGGUGGUCACAGUAGGAUUCCCUGGGGCUGGCAAGUCCACCUUCGUCCAGGAACACCUGUUGCCAGCUGGAUACGUCCACGUAAACAGGGACACGCUGGGGUCAUGGCAGCGUUGUAUGAACACAUGCCAGGCAGCACUGAGGCAGGGAAAGCAAGUUGUGAUUGACAACACCAAUCCAGAUGUCCCAAGUAGGGCCAGGUACAUCCAGUGUGCCAGAGAUGCAGGUGUGCCCUGUCGCUGCUUCAACUUCUGUGCUACGCUGGAGCAGGCUCGCCACAACAACAGGUUCCGCGAGAUGACGGACCCCUCGCAUGCACCGGUGUCAGACAUGGUCAUAUUCAGUUACAGGAAGCAGUUUGAGCCACCCACACUGGCCGAGGGCUUCCUGGAGAUCCUUGAGAUCCCAUUCCGACUACGGACACAUCUGGACCCAGCGCUGCAGCGGCUGUACAGCCAGUUCUUGGAGGGCUGAGCCCACAAUAAACAGUGUUGCUACUCUG